CGGGAUGUGUCUGUUUAUGGUUUACGCGUGCCUGGUUCGCUGAAAGGCAAACGCUGUUAAAUGGUGAAACUACCAAAUGAAUAUCAUUUACAAUAAGCGAGGUAACUUUUUAAAAAUGUUUCCAGGUGACGUCAGGACAACCUAAUUUACAUUCAAAAGCUAAACUUACACUAGGCUACUGGGAUUCGUGCAUACGGACUUUAUUCAAUGACAGCAAGACACCUUUCUGCUUAUGCACGAGAAAGUGAACACGCUCCUCCAGCUGAUCAGAACACAAGCAGGACUGUUUCUCCUUUUGCAUAUACAAUAAUAAUAAUAAACAUUAAUAAUAACAACAUACAUUAAGUUGUGACACUGUUUCCAGGACUUUUAUGCGAAUGCGAGAUUGUCUGGACAUCUGCAGCAAAAAGACGGAUCCCAACCAGUGCCAUGUAUGCAAUUCGCAGUUUCAGUCUUCUGUGCAGAAGAUCAACUGUUUCAACAUGGAGAAAUACAAGUCAGAGUGCUGGGAAGAGGCUGGAUAUAAGUGGAAUUCAUCCUCCGAUUGCCACUCCAUUUACUCAGAGUGAAGAUGUGGACUAUCAAAAACUUGAUGACAAUCUUAAGAAGUAUGGCAGCUUACCUUUCAGAGGUCUUGUAGUGCAGGGCUCUAAUGGGGAAUAUCCGUACCUGACACUGGAGGAGAGGGUAGAGGUUGUGAAGAGAGUCAAACAGGCACUGCCAAAAGACAAGUUAGUCAUGGCUGGAUCUGGUUGUGAAUCCACCAGAGCAACGAUCCUCAUGAGCCAGAGAAUGGCAGAAGCAGGUGCUGAUUGUUUGUUAGUGGUAACACCUUGUUUUUACCGAGGUCGAAUGGAUAGCCAAGCUCUUAUAAACCACUACACCAAGGUGGCAGAUUCCAGUUCAGUGCCAGUUGUGUUGUACAGUGUUCCAGCAAACACUGGUCUGGACCUGCCUGUGGACGCAAUAAUUCAACUCUCCCAACAUCCAAAUAUUGUCGGCCUCAAAGAUAGUGGUGGAGACAUCACCAGAAUAGCUCUGAUCGUGCAGAAGACCAGAUUGCAGGAUUUCCAGGUGCUUGCAGGAUCAGCUGGUUUCCUCAUGGCUGCAUACGCUGUAGGGGCCGUGGGAGGCAUAUGUGCCCUCGCAAAUGUCCUGGGUCAGCAGGUGUGUGAUCUAGCACAGCUGUGUGUUUCAGGACGCUGGGACGAGGCCAGAGAGCUCCAAUAUCGCCUCAUCGAACCCAACACAGCAGUAACUCGGCAGUAUGGUGUUCCAGCUUUGAAACAAGCAAUGAAGUGGUUUGGAUAUCAUGGUGGUGUGUGCCGGUCCCCUUUACAGCCUUUAUCAAAGGCAGAUUUAGCUCAGCUUCAAGUAACAUUCUCCUCCAAUGGGUGGCUGUAGAAGUAGGAAGGGCAACAGAAUUAGUGUUACAGUACUAAGGGUUUCUAAACAGAGAAUGUUUAAUUAUUGUUGUUGUGACAUCAUUAAUUUGAACUAAUUUUCUCAUGAGAUUUUAAGAAACAUUGAAAAAUAUUCCAUUGAUUUUUUUUUUUUUCUCCCUGCAUACUGGAUGUUUUAUGUUGCUUGCUGAGGAAUUAUAAACAAAAAUGUUCAUUAAA